ACCAAAGCACCCAUGCAUCUAGAGAUUAUUGCUAUGAAUGCUACUUGCAAAUCUCAGCCUGAAGGUCUACUUCAAGUUACAAUUUCACUUAGCAAAGUUGAGCUCAGUGUGGGUGAAUCCAAAUUCUUCACAUGCACAGCCAUUGGUGAGCCUGACAACAUAGAUUGGUACAAUCCACAGGGAGAGAAGAUUGUUUCUAGUCAAAGAGUAGUUGUUCAAAAAGAAGGUGUUCGAUCACGUCUAACCAUUUACAAUGCAGAUAUAGAAGAUGCUGGUAUAUACCGAUGUCAAGCCACAGAUGCUAAAGGACAAACUCAGGAAGCUACUGUUGUUUUGGAAAUUUAUCAAAAGCUCACUUUCCGAGACAUAACAUCUCCACAAGAGUUCAGGCAGGGAGAAGAUGCAGAAGUUGUUUGCCGUGUUACUAGUUCACCUGCUCCCAUUGUCAGCUGGUUGUAUCGGAAUGAGGAAGUCACAACUAUUGCUGACAAUCGAUUUGCAGUAUUAGCAAACAAUAAUCUCCAAAUUCUUAACAUCAAUAAAAGUGAUGAAGGAGUAUAUAGAUGUGAAGGAAGAGUGGAAGCCAGAGGAGAAAUUGACUUUCGGGACAUAACUGUUAUUGUGAAUGUUCCCCCAGCAAUUAUUCUGCUACAGAAAUCCUUUAAUGCCACUGCAGAUCGAGGAGAGGCAAUAACUUUAUUCUGUAGAGCCACUGGAUCACCUCCACCUGAAAUCAGUUGGUAUAGGAAUGGUAAACUUAUGGAAGAAAAUGAAAAAUAUAUAUUGAGAGGAAGCAAUACAGAACUAACAAUAAGAAAUAUAAAAAAUAUCGAUGCCGGUCCAUACAUCUGUAGUGCUAAAAACAAAGCAGGAAAUGAUAAAAAACAGACAUUCCUUCAAGUUUUUGUACAGCCUCAAAUAAUACAGCUCAAAAAUGAAACCACUUUUGAGAAUGGGAAAGCAACCCUUACCUGUGAAGCAGAAGGAGAACCUAUCCCAGAGAUUACUUGGAAAAGAGCCAUUGAUGGAGUAACUUUCUCUGAAGGUGACAAGAGCCCAGAUGGCCGUAUAGAAGUCAAAGGGCAGCAUGGAAAAUCGUCACUGCAUAUUAAAGAUGUGAAGUUGUCAGAUUCAGGGAGAUAUGACUGUGAAGCUGCAAGUAGAAUUGGUGGGCACCAAAAGAGCAUGUACCUUGAUAUUGAAUAUGCUCCAACAUUUGUGUCAAAUCAAACCAUGUAUUAUUCUUGGGAAGGCAAUCCCAUCAAUAUAAGCUGUGAAGUGCUAGCUAAUCCAUCUGCCUCAGUUCAGUGGAGAAGAGGAAAAUUGGUUUUACCUGCAAAAAAUACAACACAUCUGAAGACCUAUAGUGCAGGAAGAAAGCUGAUUUUAGAGAUUGCUCCCACAUCUGACAAUGAUUUUGGACGAUAUAAUUGUACAGCCACAAACAGAAUGGGAGCAAGAUAUCAGGAGUAUACACUUGGUCAAGCUGAUGUGCCAUCAAAUCCUUAUGGAGUACGAAUUUUAGAGUUGUCACAAACCACUGCCAAAGUUUCAUUCAAUAAGCCAGAUUCGCAUGGAGGUGUGCCCAUUCAUCAUUACCAAGUGGAUAUAAAAGAGGUAGCCUCAGAAACCUGGAAAAUAGUGCGCUCCCAUGGAGUUCAAACAAUGGUUGUUCUGAGCAAUUUGGAACCAAAUACGACAUAUGAAAUCAAAAUAGCUGCUGUUAAUGGAAAAGGGCAAGGAGAAUAUAGCAAAAUCGAGAUCUUUCAGACCUUACCUGUCCGGGAGCCAAGCCCUCCAUCAAUUCAUGGACAACCAGGAAGUGGCAAGAGUUUUAAACUUAGCAUAACUAAACAAGAUGAUGGAGGUGCCCCCAUUUUGGAAUAUAUUGUGAAAUACAGAAGUAAAGAUAAGGAAGACCAGUGGCUAGAGAAAAAAGUGCAGGGUAGUAGAGACCACAUCAUCCUAGAGCAUCUUCAGUGGACCAUGGGUUAUGAAGUACAAAUUACAGCUGCCAAUAGGUUGGGUUAUUCUGAACCAACGUUGUAUGAAUUCAGCAUGCCACCAAAGCCCAACAUUAUUACAGACACUCUUUUUAAUGGUCUUGGACUCGGUGCUGUCAUUGGCCUCGGAGUGGCAGCCCUUUUGUUAAUCCUUGUUGUGACUGAUGUUAGCUGCUUCUUUGUACGACAAUGCGGAUUGCUAAUGUGCAUCACCAGGAGGAUUUGUGGGAAAAAGAGUGGUUCAAGUGGAAAAAGUAAAGAGCUGGAAGAAGGAAAGGCUGCUUACUUGAAAGAUGGAUCAAAAGAACCAAUAGUGGAAAUGAGAACAGAGGAUGAAAGAAUUACCAAUCAUGAAGACGGGAGUCCAGUAAAUGAGCCAAAUGAAACAACUCCACUCACAGAACCUGAGAAACUGCCACUAAAGGAGGAAAAUGGAAAAGAAGCUUUAAAUCCAGAAACCAUAGAAAUCAAAGUUGCUAAUGACAUCAUCCAGUCAAAAGAAGAUGAUAGCAAAGCAUAAUAAGAUAAACUACAGCUGUCUGAAAAAUGCAUUUGAAUUGAAGUAACCCCGUGACCAAAACUUUAUGGCUGACCUUAAUUUCUUUGGAAACUUAAGCUUGGAAUAGUUAGUACCUGUGUACAUAUGAUGAAACUAUUUCUGUCUACAGUUUCUUUCUAUUUUUUGUUAAUGGUUUUAGUAUGUAGUUUUGCUGACACCAGUCCCAUGGUAUAAAAUUUGAAAAAUCUGCAGAAUAAGAACUGUAAUAUAUUAUAUGACAAAGUAUGUCUGUUUAGAAGACUACUUUAUGAAGCACCCCUAACCUCCACCAACACGUCGGGUCUCUCCAGAUCUUACAGUACAAGCUACAUAUGUAAAGGAAAGUGCCAUAUACUGUUGUAUUUAUUUUCAUUUGUAAUAAAGCAAGAGUUUAGGUUGCCUCUAAAAAAAAAAAAAAAAAAAACAGUCUCAGUAUGACAUUUAAGACCUUAAAGCUGGCAAACACUCAGUAGCCAUCCCAGCUGUGCUUAUCACUUGAAACAAAACAAGAAACUGUCUUCGGCAUAGAGCCAGCCCCACCCACAGUUUCACCUGACUUCUUUGGUAUAUUCAAAGAUUAAUAACCGAGAUGUGCAGAUUUAAAACAAAAUGGCUAAAUAUUUUGUAGACCUAUAUUGCCUUCAUCCUAUCUAUAGGAGUGUGAUUUUGAAAGGCCGUAGGAUUUUCAGUGCUUCAGGUAUUCUCUAUUAAUGUUUGGAAGGCCAUGUGUGAACUGAAAUGUGGCAAAUGUGUGAAAGGAAACUGAUUUUUGAUAAUAACUUUUGGCUUCAAAGGAACCUUUACAAUAAAUAUAAGCUGAAAUCAGCUGCCCCAAUGUAUUUAUACAUAUAUGGUAUUCAUUCUUCUGUUAGUUCUAACCAUGUAGUCAAGGGAUGAAACUGCAUUUUAGUGUAAUGGAUACAUUUUCACCCCAAAUCAUUACAUAAAAUAUUAAAAAUUGUCCGUAUUUAAGGA